CAAACUUCGACAAAUUGAAAAUGGCGUACCUCUGCACUUUUUAAUUGUCUUUCAUUUUCACCUCGUGUGUAGCCACAAUGUCGUUCGUUGGAGAAGAAUGGGACAGUGAGGAAUUCAAUAUGGCCCUCAAAGUUGUCCUCAAAGUUGAGAUACAAUCUCUGUUGACCCGCCUUGCGGAAGCAGGGGAAGAGACUGUUGUGCUGACUGCCUGUGCCAAUGAAGGCUGUGCCGGCCAUCUGGCAUCAUCAAAGGCUGAGAGCUUCGUUAAUUCCAUGGAUAUAGCCACACUGCAGGACAAGUUUUUAAACUAUGUCUCUGGGGGAGGACUUAGUCAACAGCAGACUGCCAAUGCUUCAAUGCAGGGGAAACCCCCACAAGCAGCAAUUAAUGCAAGAAUACCAACAUCCACCCCACAGCGGUCUGCCAUGAGUGCUGGUCACAUGAUUACUCCAAAUGUGGGUCAAGGUCGUGGGAACAUAAUGCCACAACAACAGACAGUCACCGGAAAGCGUCCACUAGAAAAUACUUCUUUUCCAAAGAACCAGGAGACGUUAAACUUAAUGUCUCAGGGAAGUGUUCAAGAUUCAAAGCGAAGAAAAGUAGAACCAAUGACACAGCUAAAAGCAGUUCCGAUAACUUCUCAGUUGAAAGUCACUGGCAAUCCUUCAAGUACGGCAUCAUCCUUGACUAGUCCUCAGGCAAAGACUGCAGCCCAGCCAAUUACCAAACAAUCACAACAACAACAACUGCAGCAGCAGCACCAACAACAACAACUACAGCAGCAGCAACAACAACAGAUUAUGGGUCAAAAGGAGCAAUCAAAGUCACUGAAAACUACAAAAGUUGUCUCUCGAUCAGGUGGUUUUACUGAAGAGCGGAUUUCUGGUGCAGAAUUUCAGAAAUUUCUCAAACAAUAUAAACCAAAUUCUCCUGUAGAUGAUGAUGAUGAAGAGGAAGAAAUGAGAAUUAUUGACAAUAAAAACUUACCUAAUUUACUACAGAAAGCGAACACGAUUGCGUCAAAAGGACCAGCAGGAUUUGGACCAAACACUGGGCAGCCUGCCAGCCAGGCUAGUAAACUGUCUACAAUAGUAUCUAUGCCUGAAAUGAGGCCCCAGCAACUGUCGCCGAACCCUGGUCCAAGCUCGGCGCCAAGUGUUAAGAAAGAUGGUGCAAUUGACACUAAACAAGUUGCUAAUAUGUCUCAGAAUGUAGGUGCUACAACUCCAAAUAAACAAACAAAAGUAGAACUCAAAACUGAAAGCAAACUCUUAAAAGGUGGGCAGCUGCAAUCCAAACCUCAGCAGCCAGAUAGCAGCUGUGCGCAGACCUCAAAAACAGGCCAGAAAACCACUUUGGACAACCUUGAAGACAUUGAAAACAUAGACACAGAGACACUUAUUAGAAUGACCAAACAAAAGCAUUUUGAAAACAUGUCUGAGGAAGAAAAACAACUGCAAGCCAAGUUGGGCCAACUUUCAUCCAAAUUGUCCUGGGUUGUUGAAUAUCCAACAGACUCAAAAGAUGGGAAACCUGUUCCACAGGCUAAAACGCAUGGCCAGCAAUUAGAAAACAUGUCAAAUGUUAGGGCGGUACAGAGACUUGGCAACAUUCAGGGUCCAGAAGAUUUACAAGGUCUACAGGCUGAGUUUAACGCCUUCGCUGAAGGUGAAGAUUAUGAGGAAGAUGAUGAGGAAUAUGAUGAAGAUGAAGAGUUUAAUGAAGAAGAUCUAGAUGAAGAAGACAGAGAAACAUUAAGAAAAAUGAGGCAAGUAAAACAAAAUGAAAUAGGCCAAAUGGGUAAAGUAAACCUGUUAGGCCAAAUUGGAAAUGUAAACCAAAUGGCCGAAAUUGGAAAGAAAAACCAAAUGGGAACAAGUCGAGAAGUAAAUCAGAUGGGCCAAAUGGGUGAGGGAGAUAAUGAAGGUUUCCAUAUGGGAAUGGGUUAUCAUGUGGAAGAGGACAAGGAUUAUGAAGAGGGUUAUGAGGACGAAGAAGAAGAGGAAUAUUCUGAAAUGGACACAGAGCAGGUUAAUCAUGGUGCUGUAUUUGGACAGUUUGGACAGGGUGGUAUGGGGUUCCCCCAAGAGGAAGAUCAUUUAGAAAACUUCAUGCUUAUGGGUGUAAUGGCUCGAUGUCAGAUUUGUAAUAAAAUUGUGAGAAAAACAGAGGCUAAACAGCAUUUAGAAACUCAUGAACUAGAAAUGGAUGAUGAUGAAGAAGGGGAAGAGGAAGGUGAAGACCCUGAAGAAUUUGAAAAUUACAUGGGGGAAACUCAAGAUUAUACAGGAGGAGGAAUGGAGGGGGAAUUUUUGGAGGAAGGGGAAUUUGAUGAAGAGGGUGGAGAAUAUGGUGAAGAAGGGGAAGAAUUUGAAGAAGGGGAGUGUACAGGUGCUGAAGGGGAGUUUUCUGAAGAACAGGGUUAUGGUGGGGAAAUGAGCUUCACAGCUGAGAAAUUAAGUGCUGAAUUAUUGGUAGCUGAAAAAAUUCCUAGUGGGAACGAUACUCUUGAGUGUAUGGAUGAUACUGUGUGUGAACUUUGUCAUAAGAAGUUUGCAAGUGCAGCAAAUGUGAAAAGACACAUGCUGAAGGUGCAUAAUAUUGGUAAUGAAAAUACUGGAAAAGUAGAUGGUACACCUGCGAAAUUUACUAAAAAAAUAAAAUGUCCAGAGUGUGAGAAAGAGUUUGCUACAAAAGGGCCAUUAACAAAACACUUGAAAAAGGUGCACCCAGAUUACAACUUGAACAUUUUUAAUGAGUACAUAACUCAACAAAGGUCUCAAAAGUGUAGUCAGUCUGAGUUUGAAAGUCAAGGGGACUCAUCAUCACUCAGUCACAGUGUGAGUGAAGGACAGUCAGGGGAAAUUCCAGUUGUGGGGGGAGACUCUCAAGAAAAAGAGGAGGGUGGUUCUCUGGACAAUCAGGGGGAAAUUGGAGUGAGUGAAGAGCAGGAGGAUUCCAAAGGAAGUUUGGACGAUCCAUGGAAAUGUGGGAUCUGCUUUAAGGAGUUUUCAGAUGAGGGGACAUUGUCGGAACACAUGGUAGAACAUAUGGAGAAACACACCUGAGCUUAUUCAGAAAAGAUUGGAGCGAGAUGAAACAUAUGCUAACAUACUCCCAAAGAACUUGGCACCAAGCUUCAAUUGGGGGAUAAGGAGUAGGCCUACGUGGGCUGUGCAUUACCAGAUGUAGUUACUUUCCAUUCCAAAGUCUUGAUAUACUUGUAUAUAUAUCCUAAUGAUACAAGUCCAAACAAUUGGAAUUCAACACUGUGUAUAUUUGUUUUGAGUGGUAUAUAUGAAAUUGAAAUGCACUGGCAGACUGUUAAGACAUUAAAGCAAUUGUUUGUUUCUGGUUUCCGAACCUACUGUAUUUUUUUUAACUCCAUUUGAUUUUUUCUUUUAAAAGUUGUUUUUGGCUUUUUACAAUAUCAAUGAUGCUAAUAGAGAUUGAAUAAACAAUCUUAAGCAUAUAAUUUAAAGUUUGUGGUAAUAGAAAAAAUCUCAAGAAACAUUUUGCCUUUUAAAGCUGAACUCUCACAGAUUGAGCAUUUUGACAACUUUUUUAUUUUUUGUUUUGGAACAAGCCAAUUUUUUACGAAAAUCCAUGGAAACCAGUUAUAUAAGACUGCUGACAAAAAAUUAGAUCACAGAGUUUUAUUUAUUUUUUUCGAAAAUUGAUGUUUUAUGCAUUUUUCUAAAAAAAAAAGUUGUAAAAAUGGUAAAUCUGUGAGAGUGCGGCUUUAAAAAACAAUUGGUGGCAUAUCUACCCGAAUGGGUAGGUCUGAAUGACACUGGAAACAAACAUUUUCCUUUUUUAGUUUAAUUCAAAGCUAAAGUUACAGUAUUCAUGAUUCACAUUGGGCAUUAUCAAGAGAAGCCUUCAUUUAAACUACGGUACAUGUUUUUUUCUCACUGAUGUAUGUCAAAAUCAACAACAUACCAGGCAGAUUGAUUUAUAAUAAAAACGGCCUUUUAUGGAGUAAAUGUAUGUACAGCGAGUGUACCACUUUCCAGUCUGGUACAGAAUUUAAGCUUCUUGUGGAACAAUUUCUAUUUUUAUUACAAGCAUUGAGUGUGAUUUAUAUUUGAUUUUGAGAAAUGACAAUAUAAUGUCAUUGCUAUUCCAUUUAAACAUAUAAACCCCCCGGGGGGGGGGGAGGCACUUUUAAAUUAUACCACCCCCCUACAGAAGCAAAUUUACCCUUUUGGGGUCCAAAUUCGCGGAAAAAGACACCCACCCAUAUACUAUUUAAAUAAUUGCCUUCCCCCCGUAGGUUAUAUGAUUUACUGGAAUAGCCCUGAACAAAACUCUUGUUACAAUGAUAACAUAUCUUAUAAGUUUAAAAUUAGUGUUCUAUUGUAAAUAAUUAUUAAAAAUUCCAUAAAGUGCUCUAUUUUGCCAAAGGGCGUUAUUUAUGCUAUUGAAUUUUUUUUAAUUAUUAAGAUUUACAAAAUUCUCCUCAGAAAGGGUUUAAGCCAGGUUUUAAAAAGACAGGGUGCUGCAGAAGAGGGACAGGGUGUGUAAAGUAGAAAAGUGCCUAUUGAUUUGGGCUGUCAAGAAAUGGAACAUUUUGAAUUUUACCAAAUUUUAGUGUUAGAAAUUGUGUUAAAAUGAAGUAAUAUUUUUGAUCAACUGCAGAUUAUGUCAAGUUUGUAAGAAUUUAUAAUCAUAUUAUAAGUAUUAGUCAAAACAACAGAACUAUUCGACAGUCGUAAGUAUUUAAUUCUAUGAAGGUAGGAGGGUGCAGGAGGAUGUUGGUCUCCAUAUGGGAAAAAGGGCUCUUCAAAACAAGGGCAGGGUGCAGCUCCCUUUCAUAACUCUUAAACUAAAACCUUACCUAAAAUGAAUUUCAGAUUGAUGCUGUUUGUUCGUUAAACAAAAAAAAUCACUCAAUUUCAAAAUAGUUACAAUAAAUUGUUUCCAACUCAAAAUCUGUUCGAAUCCUUUGAAGAUAGUGUGAUACACCUGUAUGGCACAUGUUUGGUUAAUGGCUUUUUGUUUUUAAUACAGUUCUUAUUAAGAUUGCCAAUGUAUUGAUAGAUGUAUUAGGGUUUUAGCCAGGUUUUUAAAAGGACAGGGUGCUGGGGGAUAAAAGGGUGCACAGUUCAAGCCCCAAUACUAUCACGAAUAUACUUAAGUCAAAUCUCAAACUCCGUCUCAUUAAUUCACCAUAUAAAAGCAUACUAUUCUUCAAAAUGUUGCAUGUUUUAUACUUUUUGAAAACAUAUUAUCUCAUAGAAUGUGGUGAUAAGAAGAUUUUGUCAAUAUUUCAAAGAAAACUUAUUCUAGAGCAAAAAAUAUACUUAAGUAUUUUAUAAAGAAUACAAAACUGUACUCGAAUACAUUUUUGGUUGUAGAAUAUAUUUACCUUGGAAUUCAACAAAAUGCUUUUUCUAUAUUCUAUGAUAGAAUGCGCUUAUAAAACUGUAAAUCACAUAUAUGAUUUUUAAUAAAUUUUAAUGCUAUGUGAUAAAAUGUGAUGAGACUGAGUUUGAGAUUUGACUUAAGUAUUUUCGUGAUAUUGGGGUCUGGUCUCCAUGAAGGGUGAAGGGUGCUUUCAAAAAAGGACAGGGUGCAGUACCCUCUUAUAACCCUCUAGCUUAUAAGCCCUGUGUAUAUCACAAUAAUGCAGAUUUUCAUGUGGGUGAGUUGGUAAGAUUUUUGUUUCAGUUAACAAAGUGAUUAAUGACCUCAUGGUUAACUUUUAAACAUGAAAUAUUUGCUGAUGUGCUUAUUAAAGCUGCACUUACACAGAUUUACCGUUUUUACAACUUUUUUGUUUUUUGUCUUGGAAUGAGUUUUGUGUAAAUAUCUGCAAACCAAUGAUAAAAGACUGCUGACAAAAGAUCAGAUCGCAGAUUUGCAAAUUUCUGUUCCAAAUUUAAGGUUUUAUGGCUUAAACUGUUACGAAAGGUUUAAGAAAAAUGCAUAAAACAUCAAUUUUCGAACUUAAAUAUAAAAAUCUACGAUCUAAUUUUUUGUCAGCACUCUUAUAUAACUGGUUUUGAUGGAUUUUCGCAUUCAUAAAUUGGCUCGUUCCAAGACAAAAAAUAAAAAUUUGUCAAAAUGUUCAAUAUGUGAGAGUGCAGCUUUAAUAUUUGAAUAUAAACAAGUAUCCAUAAGAUGUUGUCUCAACUCUUGUUAACAUUACUGCAGAUUUCAAAUGUAUCUAAAUCAAUGAACAUUCUCAGAGAUGUAAAGAUUUCAAUGUUAAUAAUGAUAAACUUAAUGACGAUGUUAACUUUAACAAAGUUCUGAACAAUCCCUCCAAUAUAUAUUUUUGUGUAUGACCACACUUGAAAGAUUUACAGUACAGCUCCUAAAAACAUUAUACAUGUUUCAACUUUGUUUAUGUAAAUAACUGUAUCAUAAAUUUCAUUCAUUGUAUGUUGUAAACAAUGUGCUUAGUCAUUUGAAAGUAUUGUAUUUUCUAUGGGAAAUAGAAUGUCAAAUAUU